CUUAUUCUGCUGUCUUGUUGUUUUAAUGACGAAAUAUGUAAAACGUCGUGGAUAAAUCAGAUGAGAGGAACAAAAUGAACACCUUUGCUGAGAAAGGAUGUAUAGCUCUUAUUAUUCUUUCAGUGUUACUUGUAACUGUUACUGCCGCUACAAACGGCAUAGAAGAUGCCGUGACAAAUGUUGCUCUUCAUAAAGAAACGUUACAGUCGCAUUUAACACAGCACGACUCAAGUAUAGUUGUUGACGGCAAUACAGACCAGUAUGUGGCAAACGGUUCUUGCAUCAAUAUUGAAAAGAAAGGAUAUUCAUGGUGGCAAGUGGAUCUGGGUGAUAUAUACACCGUUUUUUAUAUCAGAGUAUUUCUUGCAAAGGAUUGUUGUGAUGAUAUUGUCACAACUGAUGAUCUAAAUCUAAAAACAGGAACUCAAGUAAAAGCUGUGGAAAUUCCUGACUACGAAGAUAUAACCGACCCUCUACGACAUGUUCGUGAUUUUGUUUUGCCGAGUAACAGUCGAGCUAGAUACGUUGAGUUUCAUCAAGAUGGUACAACAGACUAUUAUCCUCUCUGUGAAGUGGAGGUUUAUGGUGUUCAAGAUGACGUUACCAAUGUUGCACUUCGAAAGACUGCUGAAAUGUCUACAAUAAAUCAAGAACAUCUAUUUGACGAAAGUCUAGGUAUUGAUGGUAUUUCUGAUCAAAAUAUGCUCAAAGAGUCAUGUUUUGAGACUGCGGAAGAAGACAAUCCUUGGUGGCGAGUUGACCUCUUUGAUAUAUAUGUGAUAUUUCUGGUGAGACUAUACAAUCGACUCGAUUGUUGCAGUGAUUCAGCGUAUGAUGUUCAGUUGCGGAUAGGACCUUCACCGGACACUAUGGCCGAGGCAGUCUUCGUUGAGGGUCAAAUAGAAGAUGUCCAAAAUAUCGUUCUUCCGGUAAACACUGAAGCAAGGUUCAUAGAACUGAUACGAAAAGGAUGGGGAUCUUUUCACUUGUGCGAAGUUGAAGUGUUUGGAAAGAAAGCUGAAUGUAAAUACGAUCCCUGUCAAAAUGGAGGCAAUUGUUCCGUCAUACACUGUGGCGAUCUAGAUAACUGCAGAAACUACACGUGCGCAUGUGCGGACGGCUUUGGUGGUGUUGACUGUGAAGUUUGUACAUAUAAUGUUGCUGUUGGAAAAGAAAUUGAGGCGUCAAGUAUUUAUCAUAAGAGCUGGUUUCCAAGUAACGCUAUAGACGGUGAUACCAAUCAGAAUAUCCUUUUUGGAGCAACGUGUGUGUCCACACAAAAAGAAAUGAAACCCUACUUAAUGUUAGAUCUCGGUAAAGAGUACAACAUUACUGGUGUCAAUGUUUACAGAAGAUCGGACUGUUGUGCGGAAGAUUUUGAAGCUAUUGAACUGUUUUUCAUGAUGACAACAUGGAUUAGCUAUGGGUACACUGAUGAGCGUACCGAAAGCAUGUCAAAGUUUGGGAUAUUCCCAUAUGUCGCAACAAGACAUGUAAAAGUUGUGGCAAAGGAAGAGCAGCCAACAUUCCUACAGAUCUGUGAGAUACAAGUGUUUAGCAUUUGUCAGGAAGACUUCACAGUUACAACAUCUCCUAAGACAAUGGUUGAAGAACCAAUGCCUUUCAUACAGAUGCGAUUCUCAUUGUCAGACAAGUACAGUGAUGUUGUCAAGUCGGAAGAGUCAUUUAAAGAUUUGAUCAGACAAGGAUUGUCCAGUCAAACCGGUUAUUCGGAGGACAGUUUUCGAAAUAUAGAAGUAGAAAAAGAACCUUUCCGUGUGUCAUUUGAACUUCAUGCUAUUGAGGGAGAUAGGACAACAUUGAAUAACAUGUUGAAGAAGAUAGAAACUCUAAACAGAUUUGGCAUUCUAGAAAUUGAAACCAAAGAUGGUCAGCUAUUAGCAAUUACCGCUGGAAGUCUACAAUAUCAUAUGAUUUUUGUAGAAAAUACAGGAACAAGAAUUGACAGUCCGUUCUUCGUGAUAGCUUCUGUCAUCGUUAUGGCAAUAACCUAUAUGUGAGACAGAAGAGAGGGGCGAGCUAAGAAUAACAAUGUGAUUAACACUGGCUCAGAUUAUAGUAUAUUACACGUAUAUUAUGAUGUCCCAACAAGUGCCUUGGUACAAAGACUAAAGAUAUAUAAAUUGAUAAAAUGACAGUCAAUAUCAUUGUGUUGUUAUCUAAUCAUAUCGAGAAGGACUAACGUAAAUCCUGUAUUACAUAACAUGAGAAAUUGUUUUUGCUGUGCUCAUUUUAUAAGCUCGUAUAUUUGAUGAAAAACAAUUCUUCACUAAUCGCAGUGACUGUGCAAAGUUUUAAGUUUUAGAGGGCGUGGACAGUAGCAUCCAUUUCCACUACCGUUCAUGAACAGGCUCAAUAAAACCAAGUAACAUUUUUGUUUAUUUGUCGUGUUGAGCGACCUGUGGAGUUUUCACUUUUUCUAUUUUAAAUUUAUUAUAAAUUCAAAUGAUUUUCUUUCAUUUCUAUUACAUUUAUUUAAUAUUGUUGUUUUAGUUCCUAAGGACGAUUAUAUCUAAGAAUGUCAUUAUGCUGUAUCAUCUCUUUUUCAAAAGCAAAACAUGUGUAUAAUCGUUAGAAAAUGUUUUCAAUUUUAGAAGAGCGUGUCUUACCGUUUUACACGAAUCACACUGAUAAACAUAUUCACACAUAAGAGGUGUAAGAUUUUGCAAAGUUUUGAGAAAAAUGCAGUUCUGUCUUCUUUAUGCAUUAGCUUUAACCUUUAGCCUGUGGGCAAUACCAUUCAUUAUUCAAACGGGUGUUCACUGAAAAAUUACUGAUUGAAUAGCGAGCAGAGCAGACCAUAAUCAACCUGCACGGAUGUGUAGGCUGAUCGUGGUCUGGUUUAGUCGUAGAGGCAGAUUCAUUUAUCGCUAGCAGGCUAAAUAUUAAGAUAAAUGUACAGUCUUACGGUAUGUUAUUAUAGAAUUAUGUAGCUUAAACAUUAAGUUAGUCUGAAGAUAACACUCAAAUUUGUUGAUGACCAUAAUUGUGUUUUUUUAGGAUUUUGUGACUUUGCGCUUCAGGACGUUUUGGAUUAAGUCCAUUCAAUUUGUAAUAGAAUUCAGCUAAAGGGCGUCAGGGGUGUUGCACAUUCAAUUACCUCUUAUAUUAAUUUUAAACCUUAACCGUCUGGAGUAAUAGGAGUAAAAGGUUAUUGAUUUAGAAAAGUUAAUUAAAUAUAUUUCAAUCUUGAAUAAGGACGUGUCAAUAAAAGUAAACGGUGACUAGUCGAUGUCUUUUUCUUGCCUUUUUCGUUUUUGAUUCGACGUGAGCAAUUCUGAUUGUAAGUUUAAUACGCGUAUCAUGUCAAGAAUCGAAAUAAUCAAAUGCAUUCCAUAUUAUAUUAGUGAUGUCGGUUCAGACAUCAUAAACGUGUUGAUGAAAGUAAUUUAUAUAUUAAAACAACGGAAUUAGAUAUAAAUGUUUUACUCAUAUCAAGAUUUGAUAUAGAGCUUUGCAAUAUUAAGAUCGAUAUACGGUAGUUUUAAGUAUUCGCAGCAGGAAGAGGUAUGAUCACCAGGAAAAUGCAUUGUUUAGAAGAGACGAGAUCACGAUGGUUGAUUUUUGCACAAGUACAUGUAAGAGUCGUAA